AAAAAGAAACACGUAUGUGCAACUUGUCACAAGGCUUUCACGACCAGCGGACACUUGUCUAGACACGCCCGCGUCCAUACCGGAGAGCGUAACCACAAGUGCCCUUUCCCUGGAUGCGAGACACGAUGCUCUAGACAGGACAACCUCCAGCAG